GAGGGCGCUGAGAUGAACGAGCAAAGACAACACAGUGGAAAAGCGCUGCAGGCGGCGUCUCGAGAUGGGCAUGAAGCCGUCGUGCGACAGCCGCUGGAUAGAGGUGCGGAUCUUGAGGCGCCGGGAGACCCUAGCAACGCACUACAGUUGGCGUCUGAAGGCGGUCACGAAGUUAUCGUCCGACUGCUGCUGGAUCGAGGCGCGGAGGUCAACGCUCAAGGAGGAUGGCGGGGAAAUGCACUGCAGCUGGCAUCUGAAGGUGGCCACGAAACCGUCGUGCGGCUGCUUCUGGAGCACGGUGCCGAUGUCAAUGCACCAGGAGGGGAGCCCGGGGCCGCGCUGCAGGCGGCAUCCGCAUGUGGUCACGAAGCCAUUGUGCGUCUGCUACUGAACCGAGGUGCGGAUGUUAAUGCACAAGAUGGAGAUUUUGGGAACGCGCUCCAGGCAGCGUCUCAAGGUGGUCAUAAAGUCAUCGUGCGACUACUGCUAGAGCGAGGCGCGGAGGUCAACGCUCAAGGAGGAUGGCGGGGAACCGCAUUGCAGGUGGCAUCUCAAGGUGGACAUGAAGCCGUCGUGCAGCUGCUUCUGGAGGAAGGUGCCGAUGUCAAUGCACCAGGAGGGGAGCCCGGGGCCGCGCUGCAGGCGGCAUCUGCAUGUGGUCACGAAGCCAUUGUGCGUCUGCUACUGAACCGAGGUGCGGAUGUUAAUGCACAAGAUGGAGAUUUUGGGAACGCGCUCCAGGCAGCGUCUCAAGGCGGUCACGAAGUCAUCGUACAACUGCUGCUGAACCGGGGUGCCGACGUCAAUGCAUCAGGAGGGAUUUUCGGAAAUGCGUUGCAGGCGGCAUCUUCGGGUGGCCACGAAGCCGUCGUACGCUUGCUGCUGGACCGCGGUGCUGAGGUCAAUGCUCGAGGAGGAGAGCACGAGACUGCACUGCAGGCGGCGUGUACGCAAAACGAUGAAGCCACCGUGCGACUGCUGCUAGAUCGCGGUGCAGAAGUCAAUGCCCAAGGCGGGCUUUUUGGGAACGCACUGCAGAUGGCUUCUCUGUCUGGUCACGGACUCAUCGUGCAACUUCUGCUGGAGCAAGGUGCCGAGGUAAACGCUCAAGGAGGACUCCACGGGAGUGCAUUGCAGGCAGCAUCCCAUAACGGCCAUGAGGCCAUCGUAUGCCUCUUGCUGGAUCAAGGUUCUGACAUCGAUGCUCGAGGAGGGAUUCAUGAGAAUGCACUUCAGGCGGCAUCUCAGCAUGGACACCUUGCCAUCGUACAAAUGCUGUUGGAUCGAGGCGCAAAGGCCAAUAUACAGGGAGGACGGUACGGGAGUGCGCUGCGGGCGGCGCUGACUCCUGAUUUUCGACCGCCCGGUUCCUUUGCGCUUCGGAAGCUGAGCAAAGAGAUGGCGAUGGCCCUAUGGGAUGCCGGUGCUAGGCUCUAUUCCAUACCGUCCAUGGCGCAUUCGGAGGAGUACAUCUAUGGGCUGCCAGACAUGGACUCGAUGGCGUUGGAAGGCCAUCCCAAAGUUUCGGAAACGCUUGCUUCCCGUCGCGCUGCUCGUGAACAACGUGCAGAGGCGCUGCCCCGCGUGGCGGUUCUCGCAGCCCGCGCCCGCGCCGCCAAACCUCGUGCAGCUGAGUGCGGGAGACAUGGAGGGAGAGCGCGCGGGCACGGGCGGGGAGGCGGAGCCAACGGUAUGACUGGUCACAUUCGCAAACGCGAUCCCUGUCUCUCUCCGCCAGCGAUGAUAUCAAAAUCCUCAGGCAAUCGCCGACGGACGCAGAGUCUGACUGUGACCAGCAUCAGGCCGCUCUAAGAUGGCCGAUGCGAUAUUUGAGGGCGACGGUCGCGCAGCCAGCCGGAUUGUUCGAUCCCCAGCGAUUUCAGAGCGUGUACUUACCCAUUUCAUGAUAUCCUUUGCCUGCUAAUAAAUUGAACAGGCCCUUUUCGUGAUACUUGUACAUGCGCAGACGGGAUAAUUCCUGCCUGCAUGAGUAGCGUGUAAAUGUUAAUCUAUUAUACACGACUCACGCGUACAUGG